GCCGCUGGCCAUUUUCUCACAAUCAAAUUAUGAAAUCCCAUAAGAUUAGGAACCCAUUGUUGGUCUCCACUAAUGAUACCUGAGAUGGGAGAUCUGUCUUUACGUCUGCACGAGCUAACAAGGUCGAAGGGCCACACCUUCAAGUUCUCAAGUUAAGUCCACUUCAGUGAAUUGGCUAGAUUCUGCCCAACACAGCUCAUCUAAAUCCCAAAGAUCUUGUGGAAAGUAUUCCCGAAAGAGCACCAUACAGCCUUCACUGUGGUUUGUUAUGUUAGCAUUGGCCAGCCUAGCUAAGGACAAGGGGAACUGCAGAUAGGUAAGUGAGCUUGUUUUAAUCAGCCUUCUUUAACUGGGUAGAUAUAUCUACGGUACUCAGCGGCAAUUUUUACAUUCCUCUCAGUGAAUGAAAAUAGGGAAAACCUAGGUAAAAAGAGAACAGGUUUUUCCUAAGGUUUUGAAAAGUGUUCAGAACACCCAAUAUGGAGAAAAGCUGGAGAACUCUGAGAUCUGAAACUAGCAGUUAGUUAAAAAGCAAACUUCUAGCUUGCAUUAAAAAGAGCCCAAGGAUUAACAUGCACUAAUGACCUUCCUCUAAAUUUAAGUUAGUGACUUUGUUCUAAAAGGCUCCUUUGACUUCACUAAUUGGUGAAUGACCACUGGUACACCUGGUAGCUCACCAGAGGUGAACAGACAAGCAGGCUUUACAGCACUGAGAGACACUUCUCUUCGCCAAGUCUUUCCCAAGUGUCAAUAUGCUUCAAGUUAUACCAAAGCCAGAUUUCUUCUUGCUUUCCAACCUGUCUAGGUGGCCUGGGUGGUUUUCUGCCGGCAGCAGCUUCCUACCUUUGGUUUCUGUGCCUCUAUCCACGAGGGGGAUUAAUUAGCCAGGCUGAAGCUGGGGGAGGCUGUCGUGACGAGCCCAGUGGCGAUUGGCCGCCCGCCUGCCUGGCCCUGCCUUUAUAAUUUCCACACGAGUGCAUCUGGGCUUUUACACAAACCAACAGCAGCUUCUUCUGACAGACACACACUCACCCCGACACACACUCGGCACACUUUUCCUCCGUCUGAUUAACAGUCCUGCACACACCAUGAUUACGGAAAAACGUAAAUAAAUACGUAAAGGGGUGACUAUUUUGACUACUGGAAGAUCUUUGCGGGGAUUCAGCGCAACUUUUGUUUUUAUUACUGAGAAGGUGUUCUCUCCACGCGUCUCUCUCAGUGGAUUCAUUAGCGGAGGAGAGAGGGGGAGAGUGCAGCCUUUCACUUUAAGACCGGCUAGGCUCGCGGAUAAAAGGCCAGCUGGGCAGGGCGGCCCCCACUGCAGCCUGUCCGAGAGGCUAGGUGCCUUUUGCGCGUGGCCCCCUUUCACCACCGAAGUUGGCUCCAGCGCUAGCAGCCGCAUUGGAUCCCACAGCUUAUUGUGAGACUCCGGUGUACAAUCCGGAUCUCUGCCCCAACAUGAUCGCGGCCCAGGCCAAGCUGGUCUACCACCUGAAUAAGUACUACAACGAGAAAUGCCAGGCCAGGAAAGCUGCCAUUGCCAAAACCAUCCGGGAAGUCUGCAAAGUGGUCUCCGAUGUCCUGAAGGAGGUGGAGGUGCAGGAACCGCGCUUCAUCAGUUCCCUCAACGAGAUGGACAACCGCUAUGAGGGCCUGGAGGUCAUCUCUCCCACCGAGUUCGAGGUGGUACUCUAUCUGAACCAGAUGGGGGUAUUUAACUUCGUGGACGACGGCUCACUGCCUGGCUGCGCGGUGCUGAAGCUGAGCGACGGGCGGAAGAGGAGCAUGUCCCUCUGGGUGGAAUUCAUCACCGCCUCUGGCUACCUCUCCGCACGCAAAAUCCGCUCCAGGUUUCAGACGCUGGUGGCUCAGGCGGUGGACAAGUGUAGCUACAGGGAUGUAGUAAAGAUGGUGGCUGACACGAGCGAAGUGAAACUGCGAAUUCGCGAUAGGUACGUGGUGCAGAUCACCCCGGCCUUUAAAUGCACCGGGAUCUGGCCGCGGAGUGCUGCCCACUGGCCGCUUCCCCACAUCCCCUGGCCAGGACCCAACCGGGUGGCAGAGGUCAAAGCCGAAGGGUUCAAUCUGUUGUCCAAGGAGUGCCACUCCCUGGCCGGCAAGCAGAGCUCGGCGGAGAGCGACGCUUGGGUGCUGCAGUUUGCAGAGGCUGAGAACAGACUGCAAAUGGGGGGCUGCAGGAAGAAAUGUCUCUCGAUCCUGAAAACCCUACGCGACCGCCACCUGGAGCUGCCCGGCCAGCCUCUCAACAACUACCACAUGAAGACUCUGGUGUCCUACGAGUGCGAGAAGCAUCCCCGGGAGUCGGAUUGGGACGAAUCUUGCCUGGGCGACCGGCUGAAUGGAAUUCUGCUGCAGCUCAUCUCAUGCCUGCAGUGCCGCCGGUGUCCCCACUACUUCUUACCGAACUUAGAUCUGUUUCAAGGCAAACCGCACUCGGCUCUGGAAAACGCUGCUAAACAAACGUGGCGAUUGGCAAGAGAGAUCCUGACCAACCCAAAAAGUUUGGAAAAACUCUAGAGGAUGAUCUAAUCUAGGGCCGACAAGAUCACUCUGCUCAACGUCCUGACGAAAUGAAAACUUCCUGGUUGAUUCCUAUUUAGUAUUUCCUGAGACAGUGCAAACAAUC